ACAGCUAGUCUCUUUGGAAACCGUAAACAGUUCUACAGAAGGCUCAGAAGCGUCUGUUACUUUUCUCGUCCAUAAAUCUAAUUACAUAAGGAUAAGUCAAAUUAAAUGGAGGAGCUGUCAUCUCUUCAAAAUCUUCAGGCACUCUCCGACUUGCUCUCUCUACCAGCCGGGGAAGAAAGCGACUCAGAAGACUGCAAGAAUGUAAAUUCGAUAGCAAAAAUGGGUCCUGGACACAUUGGUGCUCCUUCUUUUGCACCUAGGCAAGACAAGAAUGCAGUCAAUAGUGCCUAUGUGAAGAACACCAAAGACAUCUGGGAUGUGGAGGAAGUGACUGAAGGGACACACUUUGAUGACCUUGCAGAUCCACGUCCUCAGCCUGAUCACAUGUUCACCAGGAAGUUGUAUCAUCUGUAUCUUCUGAAGGCCAUGGGAAGACCAACAAAGAAGGUUGAGAGAACCCAUACUAUGCAGGAGCCAGAAACACCCACCCAUGGCAUGCUGCAGGGGAAGGAGUAUGAGAUUAUCUUGAAGCAGAGUGUGGGUACUGAGGACUUGUUUCUGGGCAUGAGCCAAAAGGAUCCAUCCUCCAUGUGCUGUGAGAGCAUGCUGGUGAGAGUGAAGCUACCGGAAACUCAAGCUUCUGAUCUUGUGCUGGAUGUGAACGAGAGAUUUGUUGAUCUAAGAACUCCGAAAUACAAGCUAGGCCUGCAUCUGCCCCACUCAGUGCGCAGUAGGGAAGGUACAGCACGAUUCAUUACAGAGAGAUAUGAACUGGAAAUCACGCUGCCCAUGAACAGACCUCUGGACUCCAUUAACCUCACCUGAAGAUAAGGAUGUAGAACUCAUGGGCUGUCUCUGAAGAAAAAGAACUGCUUCACUGGCUGGAAAAGAUAGAAUUCACAGGAACAGAAAUUUUCAAGGCACAUUCAAGUAUCGAUUGUUUCCAAUUUUGGAACCACAGUCAGUUGUUUUGGGCUUGUACCAUGAAUACUCUUAUAGAUGGAUACUGUAAAUAAAAUCACAAGUUACUGUUUUUUUUUUUUUUAUAUAUAUAUAUAGUGAAUUUGCAGUCAUUGAAAUUGCAAUCAACAAUUUGCUUUUGUCUGAAGAUGAGACAAGUAAGACAUUUUCUUUUGAGAUGAUUAUGUUAACUAACCUCUCUUCUGUCUCCAGUCACUGCUACUCAUGAUUGCUGUCUAAAGCUUUGACCAGUGACAGCUUUUCAUUAAAACUUGUAAAAUGUUUGUCUGCAGUUUGGGUUUCACAUCCUGGCACAGUGGUAAACUUGAUAAUAUUGAAAAUAUUUAUGAAGUGUAAUCAAUAUGUGUAACUAACAUUUGCAUAUGUUAAUGAAGUAUAUUCAAUAUGUACUACCAACAUUUAGUAUUAUUACUUAAGCAUAAUCGAAUAAUCAAUAUUGGUUAAAAAGCAUAAUCUAUAUGUAUAAUCAAUAGCUAGAAGCAUAAUCUAAAUCCAUAUAACAAUGUUUGAUCCACUAUAUUCUGAGUGUGGAUUGAGUUGGAUGAAAUAUGUGUCUUACUGUACAAUAAUUGUACCAGCCUGCAUCUUCUAAGACUUAAAAAAAGGACGAGUGUGGAUCAAGGUCAGGACACACAAGCCUACGUGAAACCUUUUUUUUUUUUUUUAAAAAAAAAAAAGAAGAAACCAUGACCUCAUGAAACCGUUUUGAGAAAAAAAAAAAAAACUGCGCAUGCGCCACAAAUUUAAGAUAACACAUAGACAUGAAUAUUUAAUUGUGGCAAAGAAGAUUGCUCUGUUUUAAUGAUGAAAGGCAAAACCCCACCUACAAUGACUACGCUGUGGAGGAAGGUAUAUAAAGUGCUGUGUGUGUUUGCAUAAUUCGGACUUUCUGCAGACUGUCAACUUUAUUGAAUUUCAAUAAAGUUUAUUUACUUUUUGACA